AUGCCCAUCAUUACGUCAGACUUGAGAAAAUCUUGCCAACUGCAGCAGCAUUACUCAUAGGGGCUUCUAUUUGUCAGGCUGCAGCUAUCCAGCUACAUCACUGGAACACUUUAUAGGAUAUAUUACACUGAGAUGUUCAGCUACCGGACUCUCGUCGUGACUGCCUCUUGCUAAGCCUCCCGUAUUCUAUUUCAGCUGGACCGAAGGAAGACUAAAAGUGAAUAGUUAUUAGUGCCUUCAGUGUGACUGCUUCCUUUUAACUAAAGACAUGUCUGCAGUCUGCAAGUGGAUAAGUGGUUUCUGUAUAUGGGAAAAUCACAAAAAAAUUCAGCAUCAAGUCCAUCCUGAUCAGCAACCAUUUGAUGCCCUUAUAAUAUGGAGAGAAAAGGCCAAGGAAAGUACUGGUGGUGUUGCUUAUGAAGUUAUUUUGAAGCCUGCAUCAAAUUAUACCCCUCAUAAGCCUGGUUCUCCUCCCAAGGAGACUCGGUCUCUCACCCAGGAGGCUAUUGCUGAUAAGUUAAAGAAAGCUCAGGAGAGAAGAGAGUCUCUAGAAACCCAGAGAUUGGAACAACUGCAGAAAGAAAGAGAACGAGCACAGCAAGUUCUUCAGAAAGCUCAAGAAGAAAACAACACCUUUUCCAAAUCUACAAAAGAAAAACUUCGCAGGAGUUUGGAAUUAAAUAAGGAAAACAGAGAAGCUCAGAUUAAGGCAUUACAAGAUCGUCUUCGGGAACAUCGUAAGAAGGUAUCUGACGCAUGUAAGAAUAGUGAAAUGGUGUCCAAAGACCUGGAGGAAAAGAUAAAUCAAAAAUUUGAGAAAUAUGAUCAGAACAGGAGAGUCCAGAUGCAAUUGUUGCUCGAUCGCCUCAGGGAGCACGACAAACAUAUUAAGGAGGUAAACAAUGCUUGUGAGACAAUGUACAAAACUUCUGGGGAGAAGAUCGGUGAAAAGGUUUUCCAGAAAAUGGAUUCAGCUAUCAAGAACAGAGAGGGAGUGAUUAAAGCUAUUCAAGACCGUCUUCAGGAACAUGAAAGACGUAUUGAAGAGGUGCGUAAAAACAAGUUGUCUGUCCAUGAAGAUGAUGAUAGCUACGAGUGUGUGGUUGACAACAGUUAAUGUUGCUGGCAUCCAAGCCACAUGGCCGC